AGUUCAGUUAUAGUUCAGUAUCACGCUAAUUCAUAACUAUAGAAAUAUUAUAUAAAAUGAAGUAUAAAAUACCAAAAACUUUCCUUGUUCUGGCUUUCACAUCAUUUUGCUUGGCCGGAAUAUUACCACCACCACCAGGUGAUAAAUGUGUUAGUCCUAAUGGCAAAGGUUUAGCAAAAGCAGUUCAUGAAUUAUUUGAAUUAAUCCCAGCAUACGAUUGGUUAGAAAUUUAUAUGGUUGCCGUUAGUAACGAUCCAGAAGUUAUACGUGUGAUGGAAUACCUUACUGGAGAAGAGUUUAAUGAAAUAAUUGAUACGAUGAACAGUCAAAGCGAAUAUAUUGAAGCAUUAGAGUUUUUCUGUGAGCAGUUACAUUUUGAUAUUUACUUUUAUAUUAAUUCUUUAGCUGAAGUUAUUGGGUUACCAGUGGUUACACGUCCACCAAAACUAAUAUCCGAAGUUAAUAAUUAUCGGCGUGAAGGUUUCAAUGGUAUGUUGCAAGAUUUAUACGAUACUUUACCACAUGACAAAUUAAAGGAGACAUGGAGACGUUUAUAUGAAGAAGAUGAAUAUCUAAGAGCAGCAAUGGAUUUGUUAAGCUCAGAAGAAUUUCGUUUAAUUGGUGAUGCUAUUGAGGAUCUUGAUGCAUUUAAAAAUUUAAUGCAACGCUUAAGGGAUAUUGGAGUAGAUGCUGAUGGCCUUUUGAAAAAAAUUAUGGAUUUCUUUGGCUGGAGACCACACCGAACAACAACAGCUAAAUAUUUUUAAAUGGAUUAUAAGUAAUAAAGUUGAAAAAUUUUAUCAAUAAUUUGAUAAUAUGCACAUCUUUCUUAAAUAUCUUUUAAUAAAGCAUAAACCACAAAUGGAAAAAGUU